AUGCGACGCAUAUUUGCGCAGAUACUAUUUGCAGCACCUCGUGUGGCGCUUAAUCGAACGUUGUCUAAUGCAGCUCAUAACAGCAGUCUGGAUGGAAUUUACGUGAGUAAAAAGGCACUCAAGACGACUCUAGCGUUGGGUGCGGUGCUUACAGGCGGGCUAUUGUAUUUGGAGCGUGAAAAUGCUGAUCGGAAGAAAGUCAGGCUUUUGCUCGAACGCAGCCGCUUGAGUUUGGAAAAGGGAGAUUUUGAACAAUUUCAAAAGGAGCGCGAGAAGGCUUAUGUUUUUCUUAAGCAAAAGCUUCCGGAGGAUAAAAGCGUAAUUGCUUUAGCUAUGGCAAUUGGAGCAUCUUACGAAAAGACAGACGAAUUUGCAAAAGCAUUACUUUUUUAUAGUGAGGCUCUCGAAAAUGUCAAGCUUGAAAAGCGCAUUCUGCAAUGUGAGAACCUUCGUAUCUUGCUACUCGAUCGACUUGGACAAUGUUGCAAAAAUAUCGGUAACACAGAUUCAGCGGAGAAGCAUUUCGAAAAUGCCGUUAAAGUGUAUGAGCAAUUAAAGGCUGAACUCUCGCUUGCAUCCGAAUCCGAAUACGACACAAGCGCGCUCGCAAAGCUUGACAAAAGCAUUUUAAACGUAUUACUGCAUUAUGUUGUGCUUCUGCUACGUGGACAGGUGGCAAAAAUUGAUUGUCAAGUCGAAGAUCACAUCGCACUCGAGAAGAUUCGGAUGGAACAAAUCGAUCGAAGACAAUCAAUACUUAGUUGGUUUAGUAUGUGGUGUGAAGAGUUUUCACAUAGGCCUUGCGACUUGUUAAGGCCUAGCAUUUCAGUGAGAAGUUACGUCAAAAUAUGCAUUUUGGAUCAAGCUACAACAAGGGGCUUUGAUAAUUUGUGCGUCGCAAGCAUAGUCCGCGGGGCAAGGGCUUGUGAAGCUCAUGCGCUCGUUCGUGACUGGAUGUGUGAACGACAGCUUCUCAGCAUAUACUGCAUAUGUAGUCGAAGCUGGUGGGUUUUACCAGUGACUGGCUUCAGCUUCACAAUUGUAAACUUUUGCUCGUCUUCGUUGUUAAAUCCACUGGCCUCAACUGCUCUCGACUGCACAAAAUAUUCUGUGACAGACCAAAGGGAACUUGAUGGGUUAACUUUGCGAUUCCUUAUAACGUGUUGA